AAAAAAAAAAAAAAACAUCCAACCGGAAGAGGCGUUGACGAAUUCGCUGCUGUCAACAGAUCUGAGCGAGUCGCACGGAGACGCCACGAAGCGAAGGCUGAAUCAAAGCAAAGAUACUCACGGCUCCAGCUGCUUCUGCGUGGGGCUCUCGGCUUCGCGUGUCUGGCAGUGAGUGUGCAUUCAAGGCGUGCGUGUAGCUUCCUCCUAUAUCGGGUGUGAUGUCGUCAGAGCUGCUGGUAGAUUUGGAAGACCAUGCCACGGCGCACAUCGGCCAGCUGAAGCUGGAGACCUUGGAGGACCAGCAGUGGCUCCCCGAUGAGUCUGGCCUCACCAAAUCAGAGACAGACGUCUCCCAGCAAUUUGAUGCCAGCUCCCCCCACCUGCCCUGGGACCAUCCUUUCUAUGACAUCGCCAGGCACCAGAUCAUUGAAGUGGCAGGUGAUGAUAACUAUGGCAGGAAGGUGAUCGUGUUCAAUGCCUGCAGGAUGCCCCCACAGCACCAGCUGGACCAUCACAAGCUGCUGCAGUAUCUUAAGGGCACUCUGGAUCAGUAUGUGGAGAGUGACUACACCCUGAUCUACUUCCACCAUGGGCUGACGAGUGAAAACAAACCCUCCCUCAGCUGGCUGCGGGACGCGUACAGGGAAUUUGACAGAAAGUAUAAGAAGAACAUCAAAGCUCUGUACAUCGUCCACCCCACCAUGUUCAUCAAGACUCUGCUGAUCCUCUUCAAACCAAUCAUCAGCUUUAAGUUUGGCAGGAAGAUCAACUACGUGAGUUAUCUGAGUGAGCUGGAGGAUGUGGUGAAGUGCGAUCAGCUGAUUAUUCCUACUCGUGUCAGAGAGUACGAUAACAAAUUGCGAGCCUCCUUGAAACCUGCUGCCCAGCCUCCCAUGUCUCCUCCGUCCAGCCCUCCCCUCCCCAACCAGGUAUUUGGGGUCCCCCUGACUCUGCUCAGACAGAGGAGUGCAGAUGGUGAUCUGGUUCCUGUGGUGAUGACCGACACCAUUAGCUUCCUGUUGGAUCAAGGUUUGGAGAUUGAGGGAAUCUUCAGACGGUCUGCUAACGUGACUCUGGUGAAGGAGGUACAGCGCAAAUACAACUCAGGCGAACCAGUGAAUUUCAGAGAAAUGGAAGACGUCCACUUGGCAGCUGUGAUCCUCAAGACGUUCCUGAGGGAGCUACCUGAGCCUCUGCUGACCUACCAGCUCUACAAUGACAUCGUCAACUUUGCUACUGUAUCCUCUGAAAUCCAAGCAUCAGUCAUGAGGUCACUGGUAGAGUCACUGCCAGAAGAAAACUACGCAUCGCUGCAAUACCUCAUCACAUUCCUGGCAAAGGUGUCCGCCAACAGUGGCGUGAAUAAGAUGACCAACAGUAACCUGGCUGUGGUGUUUGGACCCAACCUGCUCUGGGGACGAGAUAACGCCAUGUCGCUCAGCGCCAUUGGGCCAAUCAACAACUUCACCAGAACCCUGCUGGACCAGCAGCAUCUAGUCUUUCCCUAAAGCCUGACCCGCAGAAGCACCACUGAGACUCUUCUUCUCAUCCCUGACCAGUCAGGAGCCGCAUCAGGCUGCUGCUCUACCGCCAGCACUUAGAUAAACCCACUUCAUCUGCUUUUCCAUUUACAAAAACUGCAUUUGUGACGGCCCCGCUGCAUUAUUGAGUCUCCCAACGUGUCCUUACAUUCUGAUCGGCUCAUGAGCAGCAUCUUGUCAUGUCAAGCGGUCUGAACUGCUCUCAGUUUCUGAUCUGCAUUUCCGUUUCCAUGUGACUCCAUGCAUGGCAUGAGGCAUGAGUGCACCUGGACAUCAAAGGUACAUGAGGCUGCAGCCAAGUAAACGACCUAAAGCACAAACAGCCAAUAAGUAGUUGUGUUUCGUAGUUAGCCAGUUGUGUAUUCUCGCUGCUUUGUUGUUGCCUUUUGUCUUUUCAUAAGUGAACAGAGCAACCUACCAAGUGCUAAUAAUGUAGCAGCAGCUGUCAGGUGAAGAGACUUAGUCUUCUUACAGCAUAUUAUCGUGCUACCAAACUCUAAUGUCCUUCACUGGUUACGUUGCAAAAGUACGAGUUUGACUCACUUCUAAAAGAACGUGUUAUCAAGAUUAGACCAUGAUAGUGAAAACCU